GCAGCAUACCUCGGAUGUGUAUAUUUCCUUUCGGGAUGCGUGGAAUUAACCCUAGUCCUACUCUGGGGUGAUUUGUGAACCCCUUGCUCAGCUACUGCAUCUCCUGCCCAGACUGCUGUACGGUCCUAAACAUUUCUCUCGUUCACUGGGUACAGAGACGCUUUGUUGUUUUGUUUUUUGGUGCGGGGGAUUUGGAGUGGUCAGAUUCUGUCGUUCGAGCUGCUCUUCAGCAAUGUCGUCAGACUGGUCCCGCAGGGCCUUUCGCCGCCACAGCCGGCACACGUGGUCAAGCAGUCACCACCACAGGCACCGUCACCAUCCAGCCAAAGAAGUUGUACAGGAAAACGGCGUGACAAACGGAGUGCAUGAUGUCGAUGAGAACGAAGGGGCAACGUACGUCCCUGUUAGAGAGGUAUGCAACUCAGUGGUGGAUAUGGCAGUCAUGCAGGAGGCUCACGGCCUCAUCAUGGACAUGAUGGCCGACUCCAAUCUGCCGCCCAACGUGGUCAGCGGGCUCAAGACAGUCAGUUCGCUCCUCAGCCCUCCGACCAGCUACAACACGCUCCAGCGGCCCAAGAUCAGCCCCUUAGUGGCGCUGAGCGAGAGCAACUAUGGCGCCUCCGAUAUCGAUGAUUCGCCCUACGUUGGGGACCGGCCGCUCUCAUUACCCAAGAGGUUAAGACGUAGUUUGCCACCAAGUCUCAUACGACGGAUGUCAUCAACGUGGACAACAACUACCUCAGCUACAGGCCUUCCAACUCUUGAGCCACAACCUCUACGUACGCGGAGCUCCUCGUUCCGCCACACCCGGGAAAACAAUAACUCAGCCACGCCCAGUCCGUCAGGUAGCCGAUGUAGCAGUCCAUCCCCAAUCGCCCAACAGACCAGUGCUAGCUCGGCCAAGGGCCGUUCCUACUCAGUCGGGACUGGUGGGGUCAGCCCUAGGGGGCGCUCUCCGAGUCCGCUGCUGUCGCUGGACUCGCAGAAGUCGCUGCAGACCAAGUCGCUGGGGCCACGGCAGUCGCUGGGCUUGAUCAGCCAGACGGACGAUGCCGGUGCAAACUUGUUGGGGACGGUCGAGGGCGGGCUCUCGCCAAGCUCCGAGGGGGAGUAUAGCGAAGAAGACGAGGCAUCUAGCCAUCAGGAGAUCCUGCCAGGGAGCCCGUUCGUUCCUGAGUUAGAGCAACAGCACCGCGACGAAGACGGAAAUCUCACGGAAGACUCUGCGUCCAGCCCUCAAGAAUCCACCCCCGCUGAGCAGUUUACGGACUCUGACGGCAAGGGGGCCAGAACAAGUACACCCCCAGUUUCCACUCAGAAAAAGAGGGGUAGCGUGACAAUAAGUGAACAUGUGACUGUAAUCGAUGAUGGUCACUCGAGGCUGGUACCAACUGAUGAAUGCGAUGCACAGACUAAUGGAACAUGUGAAGGGAACCAGGUAUUGCCCGAGGUACACAUACAAGAAGACUCCAAUAGCGUAUCGUCAGAGGACUUUGAUCCGACGUUACAGGAAUGUCAAGAGUACCUUCAGAGGUUGGACGAGUGGGACUUUGCCAUCUUUGAGAUGUCCCAGACAUCCCACGGCCAGAUCCUUAGCCAGGUUGCCUACAAAGUUUUCACCGAGGCUGGCAUCUUUGAGACGUUCAAGAUACCGGUCCGAGAAUUCAUGAAUUACUUCCAGUCAUUAGAGAACGGCUACAGGCAUUUACCAUACCAUAAUCGUAUCCAUGCUGCCGAUGUGCUUCAUGCAGUGUACUACAUGUCCACACAGCAGAUACCGGGCUUCAGGCAAGUCAACCCAGAAGACUUGGAUCCCCAUUCAAGAACGGGCAAAGAUGACGGGGACGGGUUCACUUCCUACCACACCCCGACGGUCACGCCGCGCGCCAGUAUCUGCAGUGACUCCAGCUACGGUAUUUUAGCCGGUAACCUGCCUGCCCUGGAGCUGAUGGCCCUCUUCACAGCAGCGGCCAUGCACGACUACGACCACCCAGGGCGAACCAACGCUUUCUUGGUUGCGACAAGUGCACCCCAGGCAAUUCUGUACAACGACCGCUCCGUCUUGGAGAACCACCACGCGGCCUCCUCCUGGAGUCUCCUCAUCUCCAAGCCCGAGUACAACUUCCUGUCCUGUCUGGAGGACGCCGAGUUCCGUCGCUUCAGGUUUCUGGUGGUGGAGUUCAUCCUGGCCACCGAUCUCAAGAGGCAUUUUGACUUCCUGGUCGAGUUUAAUGCCAAGGUCAACGACGUGGAUGCGUCGGGCAUCAAUUGGGCAUCUGAGGGUGACCGCCUGUUGGUCAGCCAGAUGUGUAUCAAGCUGGCCGACAUCGCAGGACCAACCAAGACCUUUGACCUUCACUUCUGCUGGACAAUGGGCAUCUCAGAGGAAUUCUAUGAACAGGGUGACGAUGAGAGGAAGCUUGGCCUACCAGUCUCCCCUUACAUGGACCGAGGGGCUCCCCAGCUGGCUAAGCUUCAAGAAGGCUUUAUCAACCACCUUGUCGCACCGCUCUGCAAUGCAUACGGCUCGGCCGGCCUACUGCCGGGGAGAUGGCUGGAUGAGGACGAAAAUGAAGAUGAGAAAGAAGAUAAGAGUGAAGAGACUGCCCUCCCUCUGCCUCAACAAGAGAUCAAGGAAGAAGAGGACGACAUAGAAGAAGAAGACACAUCCAGUGAAGGGGGACCAAUGGAGUCCAAGCUAAGACUAAAGAGCGCCAAGACCAAGCAGCGCAAGAUGGUCAGCAUCCUGACCAAGCAUCUCAAGGAGAACCACGACCACUGGAUCAAAGUCCUAAAGGAGGAGGACGACACAAAGAGGCGGGAGGAGAAGAAAGACGGCAAAGAUGACGGGGGCGGGAUGGCCCCGAUCCGGGAAGACUCAGAGGAGCGCAACUCGGACGACAAAGGAGACGAGGAGGAGCAAGAGGAGGAGCAACGGGUGAAGGAGCCGGCGGAGAGACCCAAGGGGACAACGGAACGCAGGAAGAGCCAAGAGGAACUCAGAGCCUCCAAGAUCAAGCACAGGGUCAGCUCAGACGAGGAGCAGGAUAGAUGAGAGUAGGUUAAGAGAGGUACCGGUAAGAUAGCAUCUGAGACAUCGCCCAUUGGUGCGUAGCUACAGCCCAGGAAUAUCUGCUAUUCGUAAUUUUUGUUUUUGGCAUAUUCAGGAUUCAACAUGACGGUAGAAUUUUGUAAUCCGUUUGCUGCAGUGGAAUAGUUUUAUUGUUACAUGUAAAUAUCAAAUGUGGUGCAGCUGUGCUAUCCAAGCUGUGGAUGGUUCUGCCAAGAAAAGUUGCAAGCAUCACUACAUGAACUGCGCAACUAAACAGCAGAGGAAUGUAACUGUGGACCUGCUUCCACAAUUUUGGGUUUUUAAAAAGUUGCAGCAAAGUGCCAAAAAAGACACAGACGGAAAGCCCACCAUUAGUCUCAGACUCUUGUCUCGGUAUGAAGUUUUACUUGAGGCCGUUCAGGAACAAAACUGUCCUGAAAUUAGUUGGGUGGAUCUUGCACUGUUUUGAUCGGAUUGAAAGGUUAUGAAUCUGGUGUACUACUGUACCUUGGCCAAUGAGGGUGGUGUAGCGGUUGUACCCCACCUUCCAUAUCUGAUAACCUGGUUCAAUUCCUGCCAGAGUCUCUUUGUGGAUUGUUUUGAUGUCCUUACCCGACUUUCCGGGUCAGACCUGGACAUUUGUUCUCCAGGUUUUCGCUCCCACUUCAAAACUGAAAUUUCUUUUUUGCCCCUUAGCUUGGACUUGAGGUGCUAAAGCGCUUAUCAGGUUUAAUAAGAAACAUAUAAGUAAACUUUGCGAUGGUCUAACCAUUUUUGUUUUGCGAAAAGGAGAAAACCUGAAACUUGCACGAAGCAAUUGCAAGCCUGUAUCAAAUGGUAUUGUGUAAAAUAAAACAAAUGUUUGUUACAUGGUUAAGUGUUAACCAGGAUCGACCCAAGAUUUGGUCAGUGGCAUGCCUAGCUUGGUGCUGGUUAAACAUGUGUAUAUUAAAACCUGGUUAAAGUGAUAAUUAAUGCUAGUGAGGAUCUCUAACCGUUUAGUUAGCUACUUCUUACAAACUUAAAGAUAACAUGCAAGAAAUGGUGUGGUAUUGAAAUGAUGGUCUUUGUCACUGUGAGUGCUAUAAAGGAAAAACAACAUACAGUAUUUGUAAAAAAAAAAAAAAAAAAUGCGUGCAAGAAACAAUAUAACCUUGUGUGCUUAUCAACGCAAAACUGCCCACUAAACAGAAAAAUGGUCAACUACUAACUAAAAUAGUAAGUCAUUGGGCAUUGUAUAAAGAAUGAGUUAGUGUCUAUGUGAACGUAUAUGUAUAUAUCUCAAGAAUAACAUAAAGCGAAAACAUUUAUUAUCAUAGUUUUUUAAGUUGUUAUUUUAACACAAAUAGUGCUGCAAAGUUUAUCACUGAAGAUAGUUUUUAUUAAGCGGGCCUUAAUUGUUUGACAUUUGUAUCAUAAUUAAACGGGAACUAUGUUCAGCACGAAUGCACUGUUAAUAUUUUAGACUUUUAGAAAGUGUUUGGAAUUGCAUGAAAACAUUGUAGUUGAGUGGAGCUUCUAAAAGAUUACAAGAUUGGCCUAAAUAAUAAGGUACAUUGUAGAUGCUAACCACUAUUUUCUUUUAUUUAGUAAAAAAAAUCAACAUAAUUAUAUAGAGAUAUAUUUAUAUAGACAGUUAUAUAAUAUAUCUCAAAGAUGAGUCCAAACGGUUUUUAAAAUAUUAUUGAAAUUUCUUCUUUUCACAGCAGCUUGAUUUUUUGUUUUUAUUUCAAGAAACCGGUUUGACCUCCAACUUAUAAAAUAUAUGAAGUAUAUAUUAAAAUAUAUAUCAAUGAAUAUUGGAGAAAAAAAAUCCAUGUGAGGUCAUAAGAUUCAAGACAAGAAGCUAUUAAGAUGUUAUCUUACAUUCUAUUAAAAUUUUAUUUUUUACUACAGCAGUCAGUGUGCUAAGGGAACGUCUUAAAAGUUGGAAUGUUCCCGCUCCGUAUGGAACGUUCCUUUAGGAACACUGUGUGUUCCCAUCGGGAAUGCCUUGUGUUCCCAGCGUGUUCCCAACUCAGUGGAACAGGCCAUUCCCGAGUAAGUGUCCACGUGUAUAGACCAAUGUUCUCACGCGGGAACACCUGGCAUUCCCGGGCUGUUCCCCGUGGGAACAACGCAUGUUCCCAAUUGGAACAGGCGAUGUUCCCCGUUGGAACGUUCCAAGCAUUCUGACUUUUUGAGACUUUCCCUAGUUUGGUUGCCAUGGGCAUUGCAUGUUUUGACUUUGUUAGGCCUAAGAGUUUCGAGGGAGUCGGCAGUAAAAAUGGAAGACACCGUGCACCAUACCUCUGCCAACAAAGAGACAGAAUAUGCAUGCAUGAGGCGUUGGAAUCACAAAUAUGACACCAAAAAGUAUUUGGGAGUACAGGGUAUAUUGAGUCUUAAAAAAUAAAUAAUAAAAGAAAGAAAAUGCGCAGUGCUGACUGUAAAAUGCAUUUUUCACAUCCGAGUCAAUUUAGCCAUUCUUGUUUCAGUGGUGUGCAUUUAUGGGUAGUAAGAGAAACUGGGUACCCUAUUGAGGUAAAACAUGGGUACCCAGGUACCCAUAAAAGAAACACAGGUACCCGGGUACCCAUAAAAGAAACAUGGGUACCCGGGUACCCAUAAAAGAAACAUGGGUACCCAUAAAAGAAACACAAGAACCCGGUAACCCAUAAAAGAAACAAAGGUACCCGGAUACCCAUAAAAGAAACAUGGGUACCCGGGUACCCAUAAAAGAAACAUGGGUACCCAGGUACCCAUAAAAGAAACACAGGUACCAGGAUACCCAUAAAAGAAACACAGGUACCAGGGUACCCAUUCAAGAAACUCAAUCCAUUAGAAUGCAAAUAAAAAGUUUUUUUUUGUUUUUUAGCCUGGUUUUCAUUUUGAAAAUUCCCCCCAAAAUCGCAUUCGAAACCUUUCUAUUUCAUUGUCGUAGAAGUAAUUAAGUAAUUUGUAAAGUUGGUUAUGAGUACCCGAUCCCAUAUUCUGGAACCGGUUCCUGACAUCAGCGGUCGGGUACUUGGGUACCCGGUUCCGAUGUACAGCCCUAUCUGGUUUAGGUUACAUUAGGGUGUUGGGACAACCAUUUUAGUCUUUUGAGAGUGACUUUUUUGGCCUGAGAAAACCCAAAACACCCUGAUUUCGAUAGGGUUAAAGUGUGAAUUCCCAAUCUUUUAAAAAAACAUUUUUGCCAUACUGAGUAGGCUCUGGCAGCAUAAUGAAAUUGGGUAAAACGCCUGUCAGUGUGUUUGACUGGUUUUAUCUGUGCACCAUGGAUUGACUGAACAAAAUCAGAUGUGAACCAGUCAAAGCAAUGUACAUAAUCAAGGCAUUUUGGCUGGUGACAUUUUCUUCUGCUCAAAAUGAUUGUCUGUAGUAGUAUUUGAGUGAUUUCCCCUCAACCUGCAGCUAAAAUAUUGAAUUCCAACUCCCCCUCAGUGCACCAGAUUAAAAAAAAAUAUUAUAAAUGAUAACGUUUAUUUGCAAAUAGUGCAUUUGUUGUGGUGCUAUGUAUACCUAGAUGGUUUUUGAGUUUAAAAUGCAUUUUAGUACACCUGAAAAACAUAGGGAUUAUUUAACUAAAAUGUUUUGUUUACAAAGAUCAGUUUUCAGAUGUUUUUAAUGUCAUGUUAAGAAAUACAAAAACACACAUUUUUAAUUGCAGUCCUUUGUGAAAUACAAAAAAAAAUCCUGGUUGUAUAUCAUCACGAGGUUUUCGUAAGGCAAUGAGUCUCAAAUCAGGUUACUUCAUUGAAACGUUAAAAAAGGUAUUCCUUUGUCAUGUUUCAUUUCCUGUGAUGUAAUUUGGGAAUGGGUACGCUUUUAAGCUUGAAACAAACUGUGACAGUCAACUGUAUCAGAAUUGAUGGGGAACAAAAUUAGCCGAUAUCAGAAAAUAAAAUAUCUGGAAAGGUUUUUCAUUGUUUUAUCAAUAUUUUAUGAAGUUUCCAAUUGAUUUGAAAUUAAUUCCAAUUAUUAAGGAUUUGGAAUUCUUGGAACUUAAACCAAGUGUAUAACAUGUUUUUUAUCAUUUGGAAUUUUGUCCAUAUUAAAAUCAUGACAAAACUGAAUGGGGUACAGACUUUUUUCCCCCAAUUAAAGGCGAACAAAAAUUAUCAUGAAUUUUGUAGGUAUGAUAAAAUUAUUAUAAAAAAAAAAACGUUCAGUCAAAGAAGUAUUGGAAAUACACUAACUUCCAUUUUAAAGAAAACGUAAACGUAUCUCUCUCUUAAAUGAUAAUAAUUUGAAGAGAAACAGUGCUUUCGGUUGUGUUCAUAGUUUCUUUUUAUAUCGUUUGUUAAUUUACCUGUUUUAGAAAUGAAGCGAAACAAAAUAUAU